AUGGCAAAAGCAGAUUCUCCUGCCAAGGAUGCCAAGAGGAAGUCCAAGCCCUCGGACGCUUCCGCCUCGCCAAAGAAGUCCAAGAAGGCUUCUUCUUCGUCGGAUGUAGCAGCCACGUCGUCUGCGUCCACGUCGAAAUCCAAGAGCAAAGCUGGAAAGGGUCAAGCCACGCUCAAGAUCGAUGCAUCCAAAGCAGGUUUCAAGGAGUUGAGCAAGUCCGGUGCAGCGUUCGCUUCGUUCGCCGACUACAAGCCCGCUCCGUCUACCAAAUUCAGCCUCUACCGCGCCGACGGUCUGCCCGACGAGACUGGCGCAUCCUUCAACCACGUCGAUGAAAGGCUCUUGCUUGCAGGCGAGACCGACACGAUGGCGUACGUCGGCAACAACUUCGAAUUUGGCAGCAGCUCCGAAGUUCGAGGAUACACGGGCGAAUACAUGGUCGGCGUGUACGACCCGUCGAGCAGCUCGGUGACGCUCCGAGCUGUGCCCACGUUCCAGGUGGCAAGAUCUAUCAAGGCCAACAGCUCGCUCUCUUCCAUCUCGAGUACGCGCACGUUCGCCGACUACGGAGCGAUGACAGCCGCACGAAGGGCCCUCGGAGAUGCGUUCGGUAACCGCAAGCAGAAGGCCAACGCUCGAAACCAGGACCGUAUGAAGGUCGACACCGCCAACAUGGAAGUGAUUCUCGACGACUUUACCGGAGGCAUCCAGGACAACCUCGCAUCGCUUCCGUCGUUGGACGAGGUGCUCGCUUCCUCCACUUCAUCUCGACCCAUGCCUCCCGCCAACCUGGACGCCAAGCACCCCGCCGAAGCUUAUCGCAUCACGGAUCUGAUCCCCUCGGACAUCUUCAAGUCGCUGCCGAUACAGAAGCUCAUCGACAGCGUGGGCGAUCACGAGGCGCUCAAGGAGCUCGUGCCUUAUUCGAAGGAGUUUCCCGCUUGGAUCUGGUCGCGGUUGGUGGACAACUUGCAGCGCAGUUCGCAUCUUUCGGGUGCAAGCGCUGGAAAGAAGCACACCACUUUCGACGACGAUGACGACGACGACGAAGCUGUCGAGGCUGCCACUGGUGGCAAUGCUGGUGAUGACGAUGUCAUGAUGAUGCCAGCUCUCGGCGCCACCGAGGACAAGGAGGACGCCAAGGACAAGGUGCGCAUCGCCUACUACAUGUCUCUGCUAUGGUACAUCCAGAGCCGACCCAAAUCCGUCUCCCAAAAGGGCAAACUCAUCAGCAGUCUCAAGCUCGACGGCGAAGACGCCAACAAGCGAAUCGUCAAGGCCAUCCUCACCACGUUCACCGAGACGCCGGCCAACUCGGAUCGUGCCGUCAUGUCAGCGUUCCACCAGACCAAGGUGCUGGCGUACAUGUGUGCGCUCGCGUUGCAUCUGGACAAUUUCUCGGUGGACCACGACAAGCUGGCCCGCAACUGCAACAUCCCCCCCGCCACGUUGCGGGAGUUGUUCAGGACCUUGGGUUGCACCAGCUCGGUGGUCGGCGGCGAGAAGAGGAUGGUGCUCAAGACGCCGUUUACGCUGCCUCAGCCGAGAAAAGGGAAGGCCGGUGGACGAAAGUGA